GGAGUCUUGCUCUGUCGCCCAGGCUGGAAUGCAGUGACGCAAUCUCGGCUCACUGCAACCUCCACCUCCUGGGUUCAAGCAAUUUUCCUGCCUCAGCCUCCUGAAUAGCUGGCAUUACAGGUGCAUGUCAUCACGCCUGGCUAAUUUUUGUAUUUUUAGUAGAGACAGGGUUUCACCAUGUUGGCCAAGCUCGUCUCGAACUCCUGACCUCAGGUGAUCCACUGGCCUCGGCCUCCCAAAGUGCUACGAAGGAUCAUCAUUUUUACAAAUGGUUCUGGAACAACUGGACAUCUACAUGCAAAAAAAAUAAAUCUAGACACAGACCUUACACUCUUCAUAAAAAUUAACUCAAAAUGGAUUACAGACCUAAAUAUAAAACACAAAACUGUAUAACUCCCAGAAUGUAACAUAUGUGAAAAUCCAGAUAAUCUUGGGUUUGGUGAUGGCUUUUUAGAUGGAACACCAAAGACACAAUCCAUGAAAGAAAGAAUUAAUAAGCUGGACUUCAUUAAAAUAAAAAAAUUGCUCUGCUAAAGACACUAUCAAGAGAAUAAAAAGGCCACACACUGAAAGAAAAUAUUUGCAAAAGACACAUGACAAAGAGCUGUAAUCUAAAAUACACAAAAAUUCUUUAAAAUUAAACAAUAAGAAAGCAAGCAUCUCAAAAAAAGGGCUAAAGACCUGAAUACACACCUCACCAAAGAAGAUAUAUAGAUGGCAAAUAAACAUAUGAAAAAAUGCUCCACACUAUAUGUCAUCAGAGAUGUGCAAAUUAAAACAAUGAAAUACCACUACAGACUUUUCCAAUGGCCAAAAUCCAGAACACUGGCCUCAUCAAAUUCUAGCAAGGAUGUAGAGCAACAGAAACUCUCAGUCAUUUCUGCUGGAAACACAAAAUAGCACAGCUACUUUUGAAGACACUUUGGCAGUUUCUUACAAAACUAAAUAUACUCUUAUCAUAUGAUCCAACAAUCUCAGUCCUUGGUAUUCACCGAAAUAAGGUGAAAACCUAUGUCCACACAAAAACUUGCACAUGGAUGUUUAUAGCAGCUUUAUUCAUAACGACCAAAAUUUGGAAGCAACCAAGAUGUCUUUCAGUGAGUGAGUGUAUAAAUAAACUGUGGUACAUCCAGAAAAUGGAAUAUUAUUCAACACUAAUAAGAAAUGAGUUAUCAAGGCAUGAAACGACACGGAGGAAUCUUAAAUGCAUAUUACUAAGUGAAAGAAGCCAAUCUGCAAAGGUUACAUACUGUAUCAUUCCAACUAUAUGACAUUCUGGAAGAGGCAAACUAUGGAAACAGUAAAAAAAAAAAAUAAAUCAAUAGUUUCCAAGAGUUGUGGAGAGAGAGAGAUGAACAGGUAGAACACAGAGGAGUUUUAGGGCAGCAAAAAUAUUCUAUAUGAGACUGUAAUGGUGGAUACAAGUCAUUAUAUAUUCGUCCAAACCCACAGACUGUACAACACCAAUAGUGAAUGCUAAUAGAAACUCUGGACUUCGGAUGAUAAAUAUAUGUUGAUGCUGAUUCAUAGAUUGUAACAAAUAUACCACUCUGGUGGGGGAUGUUGAUAAUGGAGGCGGCUAUGCAUGUGGUGGUAGGGGUUAUAUCGGAAAUCUUUGAACCUUCCUUUCAAUUUUGCUGUUAAUCUAAUAUUGCUCUAAUAAAUAAAGCCUUUAAAAAUAAAUUUAAAUAAAUGUAGGCUUUGCAUGCUAUAUGAUCUAUGUCAAAACUACUCCAACUCAGCAUUGUACAAAACAGCCAUAGACUACAAAUUGACAUGAAUGUGUUCCAAUAAAACUUCAUUCAUAAAAAAGUCAGUGGGCCAUAUUUGGCCCAUAAGCAUAGUUUGCCAAUCCUUGAUGUAUACACUUGAACAUGGUUUGUCUCUCUGGUUCUUGGCCCUCCAUGCUCCUUUGGGUGUGAACUAUCCCUGUCAUAAGGCCCCCAGCCCCAGACUAUUUGAUUAGUGAUCGGACUACCUUAGAAGAGGAAGAUUUAGGGAAAAUUAAUCAUGUCAAAAUAUGAAAGUUAUCAACUUCCCCCACCAAAUCUGCUCUUCUCACAAUAGCCCCUAUCAUGGUGAUUGGCAACAUUGUUCAUUCAGGCAUUGAAGUUAGAGAUCUGGCUGUUAGCUUUAACUUAUCUCACUCCUCACCUGCCAACUGGUUGACAAAUUCUGUUGAUUUCCCCAAACACUAUUACAUCUUUCCCCUCCUCUCCUUCCCCUCAUAGCCUGGCUUAGGCCUAGGCUCUUACCAUCUCUUGGUUAGACUACUGUUAAUAUCUUCCAGCAAAAGCGGGCUACUUGCAGUCUCCCAAGUAUGCUGUGCUGUUUCACAUACAUUUGCCACUACAUAUUUCCUUUUGCCUGGAAUCCCCUCCUCCCUUAAAUCCUACUCCCAUCUCUUAUCUUCCUGGUGAAAUCCUAGUCAUUAUUCAAAACUCAACUGGGACUUUCCCUUUCACACUUAAUCAUUGCCUCCUCAAGGCUACUUGGUUUAAAUAGUAUACCCUUGUCAAUCCCAAGAUACAUGUUCCACAAGCCCCAAAUUAUGAAUAUUGGAAAAUUUAAGUAUACAUGUCAGAACCUUAGGGCUCAAGUAAUUAACUAGGCUACUAAAUAUUGUAACUAAAAUGAACUCUGCAUUUCAUUGCAUCAUGAAUUUAGUAACAUCAACCAUAAAAUUAGCUUAAUCUGAAAAGAAACAAUAAAGCUUUUAUCACUUCAGGUAAUUUACUGCAUAUAUAACCAUAAAUAAAGAACAGAGAUCAACCUUGUAGAGACACUUGCUCCCACACAGUAGUCACACAGAAUGUGAAUCACACAUGCAUCCCAGCAAAAUCACAAAUUUCUUCAUGUAAAAGACCUUUGGAAAAAACAGUGAGUGUCAAAUCCAUAAAUGCCAAAAGCCUGCUGUACUUCUAUUAUUGUACUUGUGUCAAUGAACAACUGCAGCCCCAAUGAGAACAUGAGCUUCUUGUGGUCAGGCCCACUAUUUUGUCAUUCUUUUUGUACCAAAGUUGAUCUAACAGGAAGCAACCACUCCAGAAACAUUUGUUGAAUUAAAUUACCUCCUAAUUGAUCUUCCUACUUCGAGGCCAUCUUCCUUUCCCAAAUCCUGCCAGUUAUUUCACAAAAACAUAUCCCUGAUGUCACUCCAUUUCCCCCAAACCUUUGAUGGCUCUUCAUAAUCUGCUUUACAUGAUUAUGUCCCCAUGCCAUGCUAGGACAUAUAAGAGCCUUCACACCAUGGCCUCAUAUUCCCAGUCUCAUUCUUAGCCUCUCUUCUUCACACACACUCUUCAAGCCACACUAGCUGCUCCUGGAACAUUUUUGGACUUUCAUUACUCUGUGACUUUGUAAAUGCUGUUUCCUCUGUCUAAAAGGUCCUCCUCCUCUCAUCUGCCUGGAAAACCUGAAUUUAUUAAUAUAGCUCAGCUUAAAUAUCACUACCUUUGUAGUUUUCCCUGACCACUCUCAGAAUCACUGUCUCCCUCAUUUGUUUUUUUAUACCAAUGUUUGUUCUAAAAACAUACUAAGCUGAUUCUGCGGGGAGGGAAAAGGGAAGGAGGGAGUGCCCUGUCAGAGGACUUACCCAAGCAGCGACUGCGGCACUACGUGUUAAGCAUAUUGUUCAAGCAGCAGUGGGAGGAUGGAGCUGGAUGGCCUUCAUGUUAUGAGAUGCUAUGGCUCGCAUCUUUCACACUGCGUGUGUGUGUGUGUGUGUGUGUGUGUGUGUGUAACUGUGUGGGGGGUAGCAGGGGGAGAGAAAGAGAACGAAGGGAGAGAGAGAGACAGAGACAGAAACAAAGAGGGCGGACGCGGUGCAGUAAGAGCAGAUGGGCGGACCCAAAUUUCUUCUGCUUCACGAUUUUGCGGAGGUCCACCCCUGCAUCCAGCCUUGAAACACAGGGUGGGGAGGAGGCAGAAAGGGGAGGGACUGCACUCCCUCUGAGCGUGCUAGCCCCGACUGCCUGACGGAUCACCCUUCCGCUCCAACAUGGCUAGUUCCUCAACGCCGUGACUCAAGCCUGUUGUGCCAGGCAGGGCGCACUCAGCAGCGCAGCCCCACAGGUGGCGACCGCUCCGCGAGAGGGUUCCCGCCAGGCUAGGCAGUGGAGUGCCGCACAGCGCGCCUUCCAGCCUCGCAGCCGCCACCCUAGCGGUUCCGACCCGGCGCCAGCAGGCCUGCUUGGUCGAUCUUCGAGCCAAAGAUGCGGCGAGGCUGGAAGAUGGCUCUGUCUGGGGGGCUGCGGUGCUGCCGCCGGGUACUGUCCUGGGUGCCAGUGCUCGUUAUUGUCCUCGUCGUGCUCUGGUCCUACUAUGCCUACGUCUUUGAACUCUGCCUGGUGACUGUUUUGAGCCCAGCAGAAAAAGUUAUUUACCUCAUACUCUACCAUGCCAUCUUUGUGUUCUUUACCUGGACCUACUGGAAGUCUAUCUUUACACUCCCACAGCAGCCAAACCAGAAGUUCCACUUGUCCUACACAGACAAGGAGCGCUAUGAAAAUGAAGAGAGACCUGAGGUCCAGAAGCAGAUGCUUGUUGAUAUGGCCAAAAAGCUACCGGUUUACACAAGAACUGGAAGUGGAGCUGUACGAUUCUGUGACCGGUGUCAUCUGAUCAAGCCAGACCGCUGCCAUCACUGCUCUGUCUGUGCUAUGUGUGUGUUAAAAAUGGAUCAUCACUGCCCUUGGGUUAAUAACUGCAUUGGAUUUUCCAACUACAAAUUCUUCCUUCAAUUCUUAGCUUACUCUGUUCUCUACUGCCUGUACAUUGCUACAACAGUCUUCAGCUAUUUCAUCAAAUACUGGAGAGGGGAAUUACCCAGUGUUCGCUCUAAGUUCCAUGUCCUUUUUCUUCUCUUUGUGGCCUGCAUGUUUUUUGUCAGCCUUGUGAUUCUCUUUGGUUACCAUUGUUGGCUUGUCAGCAGAAACAAAACCACCUUAGAGGCCUUCUGCACUCCAGUGUUUACAAGUGGCCCAGAGAAAAAUGGGUUCAAUCUUGGCUUCAUCAAGAAUAUCCAGCAGGUGUUUGGAGAUAAGAAGAAGUUCUGGUUAAUACCUGUUGGUUCCAGCCCUGGUGAUGGACACUCCUUCCCUAUGAGGUCUAUGAAUGAGUCACAGAACCCACUGCUAGCAAAUGAAGAACCCUGGGAAGACAAUGAGGAUGACAACCAAGGACUCACCAUCUCUGCCUCCCAUGAGGCUUACAGAGUUCAAUGUUGGAAAUCAUUGUAAUCUUCAAAAUAAGUCACCGUGUUGGAUUGAAAGCUUCAAAAUUUGAAAGAAUUCCAUCAAAUACUUGCUGUGUAAAUGUUUCUGGACUUUAUGUUAUUUAGUUUAGUGACUGAAAUCCAAUUUGGAAUUUGGUAGCAGUUAAUUCAAGCCAAUUUUUUUUGUUUCUUCAUUUCCCCUCCCCCAAUGCAUGAAAGCCUAAAUGUAAAAUAUAUCCUUUCAUUCAUGUUAUCAGGUAAAAGGAAAUUCAGAAAAUUUCCUUAGAGUCUAAUUCCCCCACAAAGAUUAUUAAUCACAUAUAUAGGGCCUUUUUGGUGUUGAAGGGAAUCAAACUACAUUUGCUGCUUGUGUGCAUGUGCAUUUGUGAACAUGUACAGCAUAUCUAUACAAAAUUCUGCUAUAGUGUGAAAAUCAAGGCUAAAAACUUGAAGCCUUUGUUUAAUUAUGCUUUUCCUCCAAAUAGCAACUUAAAUGUUUGCUAGACUUUGAACCAUCGCUAUAUCAAGUAAGUAUCUAAAAUUUGAGAGGGUGAAUCAGUACACUGUGACCAAGGUCCUCAAAUUGGAACUUGAACAACAAUGUAAAACCUGUUCUGUCACAAAUGUUCCUGAAAGCACCACAGCUACUCAAGAAGAUCAAAUUCAGGACAUAAACUUUAUUAAACGUAAUAACCAGUGUUUUAAAGACUUUUUUGUCAGGGUGUGGUAAAAUUCUCCAAUUACUUUUAUUCAUUUAUCUGCUACCUAGUUUUAUUUUAGCCUUUAUGAGUUAUUUUAUGAUGAAAGAAAAUCCAUAAGCUUAAGUUAUGGCCCAUAGGUUUUGUUAAGGGUUUUCAGAGUAAUUUUCAGGUUUAAUUUCACUGCCUUUCAUAAAGGUAAAGUUUCACAGCUGACAUUAGCUUGAGGAUUAGCACUAAAGAGCUGUGUUUUCAUAGCAGGGGCUAUUGUACAGACAGUGAUAACCAAAUAGUAAUAUGCCAAUUCUUUCUUCUUUUUUUAGCUUCAGUAGUAGCUAAGGCAUUAAUACAGUUUGCAUCAAUUUCCCCAUUUAUUUAUAAUCAGCCUUUCUUUUAGUCCUAGUGCCUGAAUCAAUGAGUGAGAAUACUAGUACUUCUUCUUUACAAUAAUAAUAUCUUAAGAGUAUUGAUGUCUUUCAUUUUUUCAUCCAGCAGUCUAGUGCCCAGCUGCUGACAAUAAAAGCUCCAACUCUUUUAGAGAUCAGUGGAAUUUAGAAGCAUCUUACAGGUAUCAAGGAAUUGAGUUUCUGGAGGGAUGGUUUGGCUUACUAAUUUAUCUUCCCUGAAAUAUGUUUGAGUAAAAAAGAGUUGCCUGACACAAUUUAGUGUUGGGGUUCCAGUGGAGCUGAGAAAGUGAACAAUCCAGCUACUUAAAGCAACAACAAAACCCGUUCAUCUGGACCCCUAGGUAAUUUGGCCAAGGUGAGACUUUUGGCAUAAAUUAAAUGGAUUGUGGUCAGCAUUACAUUUGAGAGAAUACUAGACAUGACUACACUUAUUAGGGCUAGUGACUGUUUCUCAAACUCAGAAGCUAAAAAGCAGCCUAGAUGACUAUUCACACACUGGAUUUCAGGAUGAAAUCUUAUAUAUUCAGAUGGAAAAAAAAUUUCCCCUUACACUCUUUCUCAAAAUACUCUCUUGUUUGGGUUUUUCUUGAAAGCUUAUUUGGCCAUCCCCAUGGUUUUAUGACAGAGAAGCCUUGUCUUCUAUUCAUAUAGAUAUGCACCUUUUUCUACAUGUAUGGCCUUUACUUACUACACAGCAAGUAGGCCUCAAAGUAAUCUUCCUCUUUCCCAUCAAUCAUCUUCUGCCAAGCAUUCAGGCAGAGCAGCUGUUAACUAUGAUUCAAAGUCAGAAAAACAUCAAGAACUUCUUUGAUGCGUAGGGUGUAUCAGCACUCAGCUCCCACAGAAGUCAAGUCACAAAAUAUAGUGUCAGUUAACUAUAAGGAUGUUCCAGAGAGGUAAAGCUCAGGAAAGCUAUAAUGCAAAGCUGAUUGUUUAAUGUCUUACAGAUUUACACUGUCUUUAAAAGGCCAAAUAAGGCUGGGCGCAGUGGCUCAUGCCUGUAAUCCCAACACUUUGGGAGCCCAAGGUGGCCGGAUCACCUGAGGUUGGGAGUUCAAGACCAGCCUGACCAACAUGGAGAAACCCCAUCUCUACUAAAAAUACAAAAAUUAGCCAGGAGUGGUGGUGCAUGACUGUAAUCCCAGCUAGUCAGGAGGCUGAGGCAGGAGAAUCGCUUGAACCUGGGAGGUGGAGGUUGUGGUGAGCUGAGAUCGUGCCAUUGCACUCCAGCCUGGGCAAUAAGAGUGAAACUCUGUCUCCAAAAAAAAAAAAAAGCCAAAUAAAUCAGGGUUUUACCAGGGGGCUCAGAGAUAAAAAGAAACCCUAUUCCUAGCUUAGCAUUUUGGUCUGAUUGGUUUAUAGACUCUGAUAAUAUCUCUAUCCAUGGAUCAUUUGAAUAUUGACUAAUGUACAUAGGUACCCAACUGGUUGAUUAUUAAUCAAGAAUACAGAGUUUUGUUUAAUAAUUAGCACACCCUGAUCUGGCUUCUUUGCUUGGCUUUCUUUGGAUCCCUGUCCAGUAACCUCAGUGGAAUCUCAUUCCCUAAUCAUUGAUACUCAUUUUCUCCGUUUGCAAAAUGAAGAUACUCAUUGUUAGGAUCCUACUGCUGAAGGGUGCUAUGUAACUUUCUAGUGCUCUUAUAUGUCUUUAAUUAUAGGAAUGGAAUGAAAAGUUUAACCAUACAGUAUUUCUAAGCAAAAUAGUGUACUCCAUUCUUUUGUCCAUGCUCUUAUUGCUGAUUUGUUCUUGCAGGACUUAGAGCACUUUGUUAAUGUUCUUCCAUUCACUCCAACAGUGUCCUCAGAAAGAGACAGAAUAAAAAAAUUGUUCCCCAUGGUACAGCUGGAAAAAUUAAGGGGAAAAGAGAUUAAGUGGUCCCCAAUGGAACACAGCUGUCUGUCUUUUGCAGGGCUCACAGUUACCAUGUUCAGUACACUGUUAAAGUAACUUGGCUUCCCAGGACUGGAAUUAUCAUGGAGCAGUUAGAAUUUUGAGAGUAAUUACAACAGGAUCACAUUCUGAAAGAGUCACAUUUUGUCAAAAAUCUGAAAAGUAUGCAAUUUGUACAACUCACUUUCUAUGUGAGAAGAAUGCAAUAUGUGCCUCUUUCCCCUACUAGCCCCACGUGACACAUAUUUUUCACACUAUGUGUCAUCAACCAGUGCCAUUACCUCCUGUGGCACUGUAGAGCCCAAUCUCAGGGCAGACAUUGCCAAGGUAAAGAAUGCACUCCAUGUUUAUGCCAAAUUGCACAAAGUAUAGACAUUGAGGUUAAUGGAGAUUUAAGCACAAUCCUAGCAAGUCAGUUUUAAGAAUAUUGAAUAUUAUACAUUAUUGUAACAUGAACCUAAAAUUUAACAGAGCCCAAAUUCAUAGGAAUGUAACAGUCAUUGAAAGCCUAUUCUUUUCACCUCUCAUCACACAUAUCUACAUACAUGUAUGCACAUGUACACACACACACACACACAUUUUCUGCAAAGCAGGCUGCUUGUUAAGCAGGUGCAAAUACUUUAAUUUAAAAGAAUGAUUAUCUGUUUUCUCCUUUUAGAAAAAGAGUCUAAGAAUCACAGCAUGUGAAGAACAUUCAAUUUAUACAUUCCAGAAUCUCUGCUCUCAGAGUAGCUAAGAGAUUCGGUACGGAAGACGUUCUAUGGAGAAGCACAGGGGGCAUCUAAUGAGAUUGUCAGGCCCUUGGACAAGAUCCAUAUUCUUAGAAAAUCAAUGAGUUCCAUCUCGUUAGGAAUUGGUUGAUGAGUUAUGGUACAUCUGCAUUUCUUUAACCAUAGCUGUAAUGUACCAUAUUAAAUUGUAGCCUUUUGCAUGCGGGUAUUAUAUAAUAUAAUAAUGAAUGGGUGGCUCCUAGUAGCAUGCAACCCAUGACUGUUUACUUCCCUAAAAGGGCUAGGUCUGUGUCCUGCACAGUGUUCAAAACCAUUAAACGUGUUCUUUUUAGCAGGAUGGAACACAGCCAUCAGCAGAAUGAGUUAAAACCAACAAUGAGUUCAAUAUAUCAGGAAAUAGAUUGUUAGUAGGGAAUGGCAUUAAAGGAAAAAAAAAUUAGAUAAGAUGCAUUCAAGGAAUAAUUACUUUCACUCUGCUGGCUUAAUCAGUGAAGGAACACAGAAGGAAAGCUGGCAGUGGGUCUUGGUAAUAUAUGAACUAUAUUAGAGUGCCAGAAAAGGAGACCUCGGUAGUUAAGCGCAAGUUGCCAAUCUGCUACAAUUAUUUUUCCCACCAAUCUGCUCAAAAUGAUUGUAUAUAGUAUUCUUAAAACCAUGUGUCUUGGUGCAGAAAUAUUGACAAAUGCUGGCCAGCUUUAUCUUCCUAUAUCCUUCAUUAAAAGUAUAUGCAUAUAA